AUGCUCUUUCCAGAGAUAAACAUACUCGUAAAUAAGGCAAAGCACGCAUCCUCUAUAUACAAGCAAGCAAGUGCAGCACAGGCAGCUGCGCUUCAAGUGUUCUCUGAGUCAACUGUCUUUAGUAAUACAGCAUACUCUGCAGAUCCAUUGAUGAUUUCCAUACUAAAGCACUGUAAUCUACACCUGCUGACCUUAAAGAGCAUGCACAAAAUGGCAUGCACUGUUUCUAGAGAGCUAGAUGCUGCGGUAAAGAUAGCAGAAAACUAUGUAGCAAAAACAUCUGAGGAUAUGAAAAACACCGAGAAUAAACUCGAUAAUAAGAUGAAAUCCAUCUACACAGCAGCAGAAACAAGGAAAAGCGCCUUCUCUACAGAAAAGUAUGACAUAUGGAAGGCCGAAAUAGAGCUAAAGGAGGCAAUUUUCUCAUACAUUAAAGAAGAAACCUCUUUUCAUUCCCUUAAGAAUGCCACCAUAAACAAAAGCAGAGAGGUAUACAACGAGCUACUUAAAUCGUACUAUAAAUCGCUUCAAGACUUCACUUCUUCUUCAGAAGCAAUUUCAAACAAUUUCCUAAAUGAAGUAUCCCAGGACCCCUUCCUUAAGCCUGCCCUUUUGCCAGAUGAAUUCUUGGAAAUAUCUGCAGAGAAAACAAAUGCACAGGAUGUCUUAAAAGGGAGUAUUCCUCAGAAUAUUGGAGAGAAACAAAGCCUCACCCAGGACGAACAAACAAGAUAUAAUGAGCUGCAUACGCAAAUAAUGCAUAGUACAUAUAACCAUAGAAGUAAUUUUGCACCUGCAGUUCAUAGCUGUGGCCUGUUUCUAGUUCCAAAGGUGUCGCAGGAUGAGAUACUUUUCAUUAUUUGCACUAAUACAAACUAUUUGCAUGGUUUUUCAUUCUAUUCAAAACUAGAGGAACUCUCUCACUUGCUGCCUGAGGAGAAGGAAGGCUUUGUUCCGUCUCUAAGACAUGCCCUAAUAAACUUUAAUGAGAAACAGAUAGAAAAGAUACAUGCGUAUCUGCUGAAUAGCAUAGGGUGCUUAAAGACAGUCAGCAAAGUCUUCCCAAUUUCAUUAAAGAAUAAAACUGUUUAUUUGCAGGGAGAUAAAGAGAUAGUUAUAAAAGAAGAGUCUUUCUUUCCACGCAUCAUAAAGAUUCAAGCCUUUCAUUCGCAGCAAAUACAAAAGUUCUCAUGGUUUCUAUCUGAUCCUUCAAUAAAUGCAGAGCGUACCACAGAGGAAGCACCUAUAGACCAAGAACAAGAAACAGCAUGGUCUCCCAUUCCGUACGAUAAUCCAUGGUGA